AUGGAUUCCAGCAAGCAUGAGAAGAAAUUCUGCGUUGUUAUCGGCGCUGGCAUGUGUGGUAUCGCUGUUGCCGCUGAAAUCGUGAACAAGAACGUUUUGAGUCUCGACGAGUUCGCUAUUCUGGAAAGGCAGUCCGACUAUGGGGGUGUCUGGAGUGCUAAUACGUAUCCGGGUGCUGCAUGCGAUGUGCCCAGCCAUAUCUACUCGAUGUCGUUUCAUCUCAACCCGAAAUGGUCCCGUUGGUACGCAACCCGAGACGAAAUCCAGCAGUACUACUCCCGGAUGGCCAGGCACCACAAGCUUGAUAGGUCAACCAAGUUCAACACCACCGUCAUCUCGGCAACCUGGAAUGAGACCACCUUGCUCUGGGAGGUUGUGACCGAGAACACGGCCUCGAAGAUCCGUAAGACAUACCUUGCCAAUGUCCUAGUGUCCGCUGUCGGACAGUUCACCAGACCAAAGUAUGCCAAUAUCCCAGGAUUCGAGAAUUUCAAGGGCACUGUCUGGCACACUGCUGAAUGGAAUCAUGAUUAUGACCUCACCGGUAAGCGUGUCGCCAUCAUUGGCACAGGUCCCAGUACUGCCCAAGUUGCGCCAGCGAUCCAGCCCAUCGUCAAGAAACUGACACUCUAUCAACGAUCGCCAACAUACGUCCUUCCCCGUGGCGACGCGCCAAUUUCCAAAAAAUGGAUAGCUCUCUUUACCUGGUUUCCCGGUAUCCUAUGGCUGUACCACUGGUGGCUUUGUUUCAAAAAGGAGCGCACCAGGCAGACCUGGUACAGUGGGACCGAAAGCCAAGCACGGGCACGCGACCGUGCCCUCUCUCAUCUACAUGCCCAGGUGUCUGACCCGGCCCUGCGCGAGAAGCUGACCCCUAACCAUGAGUACGGUUGCAAGCGACCGCUUUUACUCGACGACUACUAUCCGACGCUUGGCAAGCCAAAUGUCGAGCUCAUUACCGAUAAACCGGUUCGCUUUACCGAGAAUAGCAUCAUCUCGCAGCCCGUGGAGACCGAGAUCGACGUGCUUAUCUGGGGUACUGGCUUUGAGAUGCGCGACAUGGGCGGCAACUUUGCAGCAUACGGCGUCAACGGUAUAAAGCUUCAAGACAUGUGGGGCGAAAAGCCUGAAGCCUACUAUGGGGUCUGCACGACCAACUUCCCGAAUUUCUUCGUCAUGUUUGGACCAAACUCAGCGGCCCCCUGGGCAAAUUUGUGCACAGUCUUCGGAGUGCAGGCCCAGUAUAAUGUUAAGAUGAUCAAGCAUCUGAAGCAGCAAAACCGGAAGAGGGCGAAUGAGCGGUAUGCGAUCAUGGUGGACGCUGGUGUGCAGAGGAGAUUCAACGACUGGAUUCAGGCGAACAUGGGCCCGCUGUCCAUUGUUUCCCCCAAUUGUUCCAACUACUACAUUAACUCCAAAGGACACAUCACAUUCAAUUGGCCCUUCUAUGGUUGGUAUUACCGCUGGUGCCUGUGGAGCCCCAAUUUCAAGGACUAUGUAACAAUUCGUCAACCAGCCAAGCUCUCUGGACUGGAGCCGGUAUAUAGCGAUGCCGAGAGAAGCCAGAGCUAUGUCACGGUGUGA